AUGGUCAUUCAAAUUAUUCAAAAUCACUCAAGUUCAAUCAUUCGAGCGUCUUUCAUUCACUCAUAUUACAGUAUAUGUCAUUUCGAGAUUACAAAACAGAGUUACAAAGGUCCAAAUAAACUUUUACAAAAAAAAAGAAAAAAGGGAAAAACAUGGGAGAAACUUCAACUUGCUGCAAGGGUUAUUGUUGCAAUUGAGAAUCCUCAGGAUAUUAUUGUUCAAUCUGCUAGACCUUAUGGACAGAGAGCUGUUCUCAAAUUUGCUCAGUAUACUGGUGCUCAUGCUAUCGCUGGAAGACACAUUCCUGGAAUUUUUACUAAUCAGCUUCAAACUUCAUUCAGCGAGCCGCGUCUUCUCAUCCUCACUGACCCAAGAACUGAUCACCAGCCAAUUAAAGAAGCAGCUCUUGGGAAUAUUCCCACAAUUGCUUUCUGUGACACUGAUUCUCCUAUGCGAUAUGUUGACAUUGGAAUUCCUGCCAACAACAAAGAGAUAGGAAUCUCGAAUCUUCAAUCUACUAAGGUAUUGAUCCGGCUUCUAUGGAAAAACAAAGCUCAUUCUCAUGAGGAAACUCCUAGCCCGUCCACAUACGUUCCUAGAUUUCUUCGAAUGGUACCAUUAACCUUAGAACUUAAGAAAACAGCUGGUGUCUUUGUUGAAACUGCAUGGGCAGUGAUAAUGAGUGCAACAAAAGAUGAAGCUCUGAGAGCCAAAGAAAUUGCUGAGAAUAGAUUGCAGACUGUUGAUUUUGCAGUGGCACUGAAGUUUGCUAUGAAAGAUCAGCGACUGUUUCCUGAUACCCAGAACAUUACUCAGAUCAUUACUAUUUAUGAGGUUCACUAUGCUUCUCAGAACAAACUCUCUACAUCUGAUAUGAACUGGUAUGGAAUUCUUCUAACUGAUAAAUUUUCUAAAGAAGCAAUGAUAAAGAGACAGUAUAGAAAACUUGCACCGCUACUUCAUCCUGAUAAAAAUAAAUCUGCUGGAGCAGAGGCCUCUUUCAAGUUGAUUGUGGAAGCUAACAGAAUAUUGAGUGACCCAGCAAAGCGUUCUUUAUAUCACAUGAAGAUUAGCCGCCUUGCUGGAAUUAAAGCACCUCAGGAUCCAUCCUAUCACCAUAAUCUUCACACUUCUUCAACACAAAUCCCGCUGGCCACUUGGAACUCAACCUGUAAAAUCGCAUAA